AUGGCGACGAUUGAGAACGGGUCGACUCUGUCCCAUCCCCGUACGAACGGCACGACGUCCAACGAGUUCAAGGUUCUAUGUCACGGGCUCAAGGCUAAGGUGGACAGCUUUCUCGAUACACCCACAGAUGAUAAUGUCCUCAAUUCCGUGAAGAAUCAAAUAAUUAUCGCAAGAGGUGUCAUAGACGAAGCGCUACGGCGAUAUAGACCCGAAGAGUUAUCUAUAUCUUAUAACGGCGGGAAAGACUGCCUCGUACUAUUAAUACUAAUUCUCGCCUCACUCCCCUCAUCCGUUUCAUUGCAGCCAUCCUCGUCACAGGCCUCGGCAGCCACUCAACCCGAAUCUUCUUUGCCUCUACCAUUCCCGCACCGAUUACAAGCCCUAUACAUCCGGCCGCCUCUCCCCUUUGCUGAGGUAGAUGAAUUCGUCACGACGACCUCGUCAGUUUACCACCUCGAUCUCACCACGUCGAACCAGCCCAUGAAGCCUGCGUUGACCGAAUACCUGCGCGAUCGUCCCGAGGUCAAAGCCGUGUUUGUCGGAACGAGGAGGACAGACCCACACGGCGCAGCCCUAACUUUCUUCGACGAAACCGAUGCCGAUUGGCCUCGCUUCAUGCGCAUACAUCCCGUCAUCGACUGGCAUUAUCGCGAGGUUUGGGGCUUUAUACGAGCUCUAGACAUUCCAUACUGCCCACUUUACGAUAUGGGAUACACAUCGCUAGGCGGCAUAGACGAUACGCACCCAAAUCCGGCGCUAAAAGAGGGCGGGAAAGGGUCCAACAGCGAAGUAGAUGGGCAACACUUCCGACCGGCGUAUGAGUUAACAGAGGAUAGAGAAGAGAGGCUGGGUAGAGAUCGAUAG